AUGUAUCCGUACGUAUAUAAGAAAAAGGGGACUCAGAGACUCCAGACCUCCGUCAUUCCAUCUCAGCAGGGCUGCUGGCGCUGUCUGAGUCUCCGAGUCUCUGAGUCUCUGAGUCUCUGUCUGCCGCUGCCAACAAGCCCGCAUGACACACCUCAAAGAGACAGGUCCAGACCACGGACCCUCCCAAAAAGCAGGCGGGGGCCAAGCCGGACCGCCGCCCUCCCGGUGCGCCUCGCACCGGCCCUCCUCUAA